CUCAUCCCUCUGGUUAUUGCUUCUUUAUGUUAGCCUAUAAACUAGAUUUGUUUCUCUUAACUUUGCAAAGAUGAGUAGGAGUCAGCAGACAUUUGCCACCAAGUCGGUGUCAGGAGGCAGGAGCUUCACCUCCUCCUCAGUUGCAGGUGGAGGUGCUGGUGGUGGAGGAGGAAGAGUCAGUUUUAGUUCAGCAAGUGUAUCAAGGGGUGGUGGAGGCUAUGGACGUUCUGUAGGUGGUGGCUUUGGCUCUAGAAGCCUCAUUAACCUUGGAGGGACAAAAAGAAUUUCAAUUAGUACAGGCAGUGUUCGUGGAGGAGGUGGAGGUUUUGGUAGUGGCUAUGGUGGAGGAUUUGGUGGUGGAGUAGGAGGAGGUGGAUUUGGUGGUGGAGUAGGAGGAGGUGGAUUUGGUGGUGGAGGAUUUGGUGGAGGUGGUGGAUAUGGUGGAGGAGCUGGAGGUGGUGGAUUUGGUGGAGGAGCAGGAGGAGGUGGAGGUGGAAGAGGAGGAGGAUUUGGUGGCAUUGGAUUUCCUGAUAUGCCUGGGUUUCCUGGACCAGGUGGCCCUGCGUUCCCUGUGUGCCCACCAGGUGGAAUUCAACAAGUAACUAUUAAUCAAAGCCUUCUAGCACCACUAAACUUGGAAAUUGAUCCAACUAUUCAAAAAGUGAGAACAGAAGAAAGAGAACAGAUCAAGACACUCAACAAUAAAUUUGCUUCUUUUAUUGACAAGGUUAGAUUUUUGGAGCAGCAAAAUCAGGUUUUAAAGACAAAAUGGAGCUUCUUGCAGGAGCAAGAUCAAAAAGGUAUCUCAAAGAAAAGCAACUUAGAACCUCUUUUUGAGGCUUAUAUUAGCAAUCUAAGGAGGACCUUGGAUGGACUUAACAAUGACAAAGGCCGCUUGGAUUCAGAGCUAAGGAACAUGCAAGAUCUAGUCGAGGAUUUCAAAAACAAGUACGAGGAUGAGAUUAACAAACGCACAACUGCAGAAAAUGAAUUUGUGGUACUUAAAAAGGAUGUGGAUGCUGCCUAUAUGAUCAAAGUAGAGCUGGAGUGUAAAGUUGAUAGCCUGAAUGAUGAAAUCAGCUUUUUGAGGACACUCUUUGAAGCGGAAUUGAGUAAUGUUCAUGGACAGCUUUCCGAUACUUCUGUUAUUCUAUCAAUGGACAACAACAGGGCAUUGGAUCUUGAUGGCCUCAUAGCUGAGGUGAAAGCUCAAUAUGAAGAAAUUGCAAACAGAAGCAGAGCAGAGGCAGAAGCUGCUUAUGCAAUAAAGUACCAACAGUUACAAGCAACUGCAGGUCAACAUGGUGACAGCCUAAAAACCAGCAAGAGUGAGAUUGCUGAGCUAAACCGGAGGAUCCAGCGGCUGAAGGCUGAAAUUGAGAGUUUGAAGAAGCAGUGCGCCAAUCUUCAGGAUUCGAUCAAAGAAGCUGAGGACCGUGGAGAACUUGCUCUAAAAGAUGCCCAGAAAAAGCUUGAUGAAUUAAACGCUGCCCUACAAAAGGCCAAAGAAGAUAUGGCACAGCAGCUGCGGGAAUACCAUGAGCUUAUGAAUGUGAAACUGGCCCUGGAUGUUGAAAUUGCAACAUACAGAGCCCUGCUGGAAGGAGAAGAGUUCAGGAUGUCAGGAGAGAUCACAAACCCUGUUAGCAUCUCGGUGGUCAGCGGUUCUACUUCAUACACUUCUGGAGGAGGAGGAGGAGGAGGAUUUGGAGCUGGAGGUGGUGGAUUUGGAGCUGGAGGUGGUGGGUUUGGAGCUGGAGGUGGUGGAUUUGGAGCUGGAGGAGGCGGAUUUGGAGCUGGAGGAGGUGGAUUUGGAGGAGGAGCUGGUUUUGGUGCAGGGGGAGGAGGAGGAUAUGGAGCAGGAGGUGGCAGUGGAUAUGGAUCAGGUGGAGGAGGUUAUUCCAGUGGAAUUUCUAGUGGUGGGGGAGGUGGUUAUUCCAGUGGAAUUUCUGGUGGUGGAGGAGGUGGUUACAGUGUCGGAGGGGGUGGAGGCUUCAGUUCAGGAAGCAGGCAAGGUUUGACCAUUGUCUCAAAAACAUCAUCUUCAUCAUCAAGCAAAAAGGCCUAUUAAGACGUAAGGUUUUACAUUGAGAAACCCCUUAUAUCUGCUAAGUCUAGGAUAAAGUCACCACAUCUUGCAUAAAACCCUAAAAAUCUAAAUGGGGAGGACGCAUAAAUGGAUGCAUUGCUGUUUCAAAGUUAUGUUGUGGCAGUAUAAAACAAAACAAAAAAAUCUCAAUUGUCUUAUUUACAGUUCCCAUUGGUUCUAGAAUAGUACUCUGGUUUGUGUAAAAUCUAAGGCACCAUGUAUUUACAGGAACCAUAGCAUGUAACUGAAUAGCUAUCUCACAAUACUUAGAUGCAUGUAUACGCAUGCACUUACAUGUCUGUAUAGGACCCUAGACAUCUGUAUCUGCUUCUUAGGAAAUACAAUCAUAAUCUAGAAUUUUGUAUAUAUUAAAAGCAAGAUAAGCACAGAACACUGGAUACUCAGUGUCUAGCCUGCCAUGAUUCCCUUACUCCACAUCACAUGUUCCUAUAGUUCAUCUACGGUUCUUUGUGGUCUGUUGCAUGUAUAUGUACAGAUUUCUACAUCAUUUGAGAUAGGAAAUAGAUAUUCUGCUAAAAGGGUUUACAUUUCCAUGCCGUUUUACACAAAAUACAAAGGAAGACCAAUUGUUAUGUCUACUUCUCUUGCACGAGGAACUAUACAGUUGUCAGGGCUGUAACUUCCAUGGGGUAAGAUGGGCUGCUGCCCCAGGCUCUACAAAAUGAGGGGUGUGCUAAACCCACCUGGGUUCGCCCCUCCACUUCCUGCAGUGGGUAUGACAUAAGAUCCUGAGCAAUGGCUCUGUCACUUUUGUUCGGAAUGUGUUUUUACUCCAAUUUUCUCACAAUACUUGCAGACUUUGUGCUGUUCAAAUGAUUUGAAAUAUUCCAAGUAUUUUGUCUUGUUACUUAAUUGUUUUGUGAAAGAAUUUUAAGUAUUAAGGUUUGCAUGAGAACAUAUUUAUGAGAGGCAAAAAAAAAAUACACUUUGGUAUGCAUAUAACGAAUAGAAAUUACUGUGUGCAUUACAAUUCUUCCAAUUUCAUUAUAUCUUAUUUUGUGAGACUGAUUUAUCUGAAUGAGUGAGUGAAUAUUUUAGGAAGUGGAACACAUAGGAGCUGUAAAAAAGACCUAUUGAGAUUUUUCAUGAUUUAUUCUUGGUUUAUUUAUGUGAGGUUAACACUGAUACCAAAUAAAAGAACACUAGAAUAAGUUGAACAAAAUCACAAGGAGACUCUAGUUGUAACGCCUUUGAAACAAUAGAUCUGCACAUUUCUCCAUUCAUGUAGGGGGAAGAAAGCUAUAUUUUCAUAUAUCAUUCCCAUUUGAACAUUACAGCAAGGGGUUUCUUAAUAAACAAUGGCCUUCACUUUACGAUUCACAAUCUGCAACUGCAAAUAUGAUUUCAUAUUGUAUAUUGAACAGUACAAUGCUUCGCAAUUUCUUUUAUUCAUUCAAAGCAAACUUAAUUCUCUCUUUGUGAUGUCAGUUUCUGUCUGUACUGUCUACCUAAUAAACCGCAUAUAAAAUAACC